AUGCCAUUUCCACUGCUCAUUUGGCUACUUUUUCAUCUUCUUCCUCUACCCACUUCAAACUGCUCCAGUAUAAUAUUUUUGAAUAUGUUCAACUCAAAGAGCCACGCACUAACAAUGAUGCCACUUGCAGAAAGAUUGUCCGAUGAUGGCCAUGAUGUUUCGAUGUACACGAUCAGUGCAAGCAGGAUGAAAAUUUCGUCGUUGAAAGUGAAAAUUUUGGAGUCUUUGGUAAAUAAAAUGGAAGGACGGACAGAUGAUACUGCACCAGAUACCAGUGGAGUUAGCAGAAUAUUUUGGAAUUAUGAAAUGGUUCCGCAUUAUGGAUCUUGGUGCUAUGAAAUUGCAAUGCGUUAUCUUGAAGAAGGCAAAGAUGGUAGAAAACUGUUGUUCUUGAAUAUUCUAAACCUAUUUUCUCAUUUUCAGAUCAAAUGA